AGGGUACCCACGCUCAUCAAUAUUCCCAACGCUCAACUAUCAUCGUCCCCCUCUUCCCGAACACACGUUUUACUGUUCUGCGUGUGCCCCCCUCCCCUUGGCUUGGUAGACUCCUCCCCUUUCCUUAACUCGCUGCGAUUUGCCAGCGGAGUACACGCUUUUUCUCAACUUCGUCUCCCUUUACUUUAUUGUCACACACCACCCCCCUUUUAUCUCAUUGGUAUCUUCUGGGGAACCUUACCUUUGCCCAUUUGCCCCUCGGAGGACUCCAAUUUUGAAGAGGUCUUAUCCCUGGUAAAAAAUAUUUUUUUAAUUCAAUUUUUUUCCCCUUCUUAUUACUGGGAAGAUUUUUAAGAACACAAAAAAGUAAGGGGGAUUUUUUUUAUUCCUGAGAGAGAAAUGUCUAAAGUUAACGGUGAAGACACAAGAUCGGGGAAUAGGAUGGAGCGCUUCCAGCAAGGGGUCCGGAAACGUACUCUUAUGGCAAAAAAGAAGGUUCAAAACAUCACAAAGGAAGAUGUUAAAAGUUAUUUACUGAGAAAUUUUUUUGUGCUUUUCACUAUCAUUGCUGUCAUUGUGGGUAUCAUCCUUGGCUUUUCUCUCCGAUCCUAUCACUUCAGCUACCGAGAAGUAAAAUAUUUUUCCUUCCCUGGUGAACUGUUAAUGAGAAUGCUGCAAAUGUUGGUUUUGCCUCUCAUUGUAUCCAGCUUAGUAACAGGAGUGUCGGCCUUGGACAGUAAAGCAUCAGGGAAAAUGGGUCUCCGAGCAGUGGUGUAUUACAUGAGUACCACAAUUAUAGCUGUCCUGAUUGGGAUAAUCAUGGUAGUCAUCAUCCAUCCUGGGAAAGGGUCAAAGGAAAAAAUGCACAGAGAAGGCAAGAUUGUCCGAGUGACAGCUGCGGAUGCCUUUCUGGACUUAAUCAGAAACAUGUUUCCUCCAAAUCUUGUAGAAGCCUGCUUCAAACAGUUCAAAACAAACUAUGAAGAGCGUGUUCACCAUACACAUGAUGAUUCUAAUGAAACAUCGGUCCUUGUUGGCAUUAUAAAUAAUGUAACAGAAGCUGUGGAAAACCUAACUCAGAUGAAGAAGGAGAUAAUCCCUGUACCAGGGGGUGUAAAUGGAGUGAAUGCACUUGGACUGGUUGUCUUCUCCAUCAGUUUUGGAUUAGUGAUUGGCAAUAUGAAGGAACAAGGUCGGGCAUUGAGAGAGUUCUUCGACAGUCUCAAUGAGGCUAUCAUGCGACUGGUAGCUCUAAUAAUGUGGUAUGCACCAUUUGGUAUUUUGUUUUUAAUUGCUGGAAAAAUUGUUGAGAUGGAAGAUAUGGGUGUGAUUGGAGGCCAGCUUGCCAUGUAUACAGUUACUGUUAUCAUUGGUUUGCUCAUCCAUGCCAUUAUUGUUCUCCCACUUCUCUACUUCUUCAUUACUCGGAAAAAUCCUUGGGUCUUUAUUGGAGGAUUGUUGCAAGCUCUCAUCACAGCUUUGGGAACUUCCUCAAGUUCUGCCACUUUGCCUAUCACUUUUAAGUGUUUGGAAGAGAACAAUGGAGUAGACAAACGCAUUACAAGAUUUGUACUACCUGUGGGUGCAACUAUUAACAUGGAUGGGACAGCUUUGUAUGAAGCCCUGGCUGCAAUUUUCAUUGCACAGGUUAACAAUAUGGAUCUAAACUUUGGGCAAAUUAUCACAAUCAGUAUUACCGCAACAGCUGCCAGCAUUGGUGCAGCAGGAAUUCCUCAAGCUGGCCUAGUCACAAUGGUGAUUGUGUUAACCUCUGUUGGUUUGCCUACAGAUGACAUAACACUUAUCAUUGCAGUGGAUUGGUUUCUGGAUCGUCUGCGUACUACUACCAACGUUUUGGGAGACUCCAUUGGCGCAGGAAUUGUCGAACACUUAUCACGCCAUGAGUUACGGAACAAAGAUGCUGAAAUGGGUAACUCCGUGAUAGAGGAGAAUGAAAUGAAGAAGCCUUACCAGCUGAUUUCACAAGAGAAUGAGAAUGAAAAGCCCUUAGACAGUGAAACCAAGAUGUAAGGUAGAGGAAAGUUGAGACAAAGCAACUAGAGUUAUGGAAAAUGUACAGUUUCUUUGGUCCUUCUUCUUGUUCCUCAUUUCUUCUUGUACUCUCAAAGCACUGAAAAGGUUUAAGGAUGAACUAGAUAUUAUGAGAGACGGAGUGUGUGACAUGCCCCUCUGCCUUGUGAUAGCUAGGUUUGAGCAAUCAACAACAGCAGGCUGUUGCUCCAUAUGCCUCGCCUUGUUCUUUCCAGUACGGAAAGCCAGAGGAGGACAAAGCAAAGCACAGUAUUGUUAUGUUUCAUGUUAUGUUUACCUAGACAUACUUUGUCUGGCCUGAUACCUUCCUGAUGUGAGACUACAACUCUCAGAAUUCUUAGGAAACAUGCAGCAGACAUGCUGGUUAGAAUUCUGGAAGUCAUAAUCCACUACAUCUGUGUGACAUCUGGCUGGAAAAAGCCUGCACAAUUUGUGCAGGAGAAAUGAUGGGAUCAGUGCACAUUUUUCAAAAUUGGUGAAAAUAUCCCAAAUUGUUGGCACCUGUGAUAUAGAGCUACGUGCCAUUAAAAAAAUAUAGGAAUUACACAAAGUGAUAUGCAACAUUUUAAUGGGUGGUAAAUGUUUUAUCAAAUUACCAAGCUUAUUCAAGAAUAUAUAUAUUUCUUUAUCCUGUUAAUGUGAUCUCACUUAAUAUAAGCUGAAACAGCAAAACAGAAGAAAUCCUGAAAGAGGCUUCAUUUGUUCAAAUUGCUACAUGUUCCUAGCACCAUCAAGUCACCUUUGACAUUUAAUGCUAUUUCUAGAGAAAUUAAUAGCAAAUUUUGAUUUCUUUUUAAAAACAAUAGUUUAUUUCAUUACUGUUAGAAUGGCACAAAUAUGAAUACAUUUUUUUCUAAAGGAUGAAAUAAGUGGAUAGUAUUUCCCACAGGUUAUUAUAUUUAUGAAUUAAGCAAAAACUACUAAUUCUUAUUUUCAUUUCUAACCAAUGGGAUAUUUUAGUAUCAGAAAGAGGCUCAUGCUUCUUGGUACUGUGCACCUUCAAAUCCCAUUGAUUUUGUAUAUCACAAACCUGCAAAUACCUCUGUGUAUGUGUAACAUUAUGACUCUCUUUUAGAUUAUAGUAUUUAGUGCAAAUACUGCUACUCAUACAUACUGUUUUUUUUCCAGGAUCAGAGAUCAGAUGCACACACAUAAAAACAUAUGCACUUUUGAACAGGAAAUUCAUCUUAGUUGCUUCUUUGCCAUGGACAUAUUGAAUUAUUGCUAUCACAGCAAUUCUGAUGUCAUUAUUUGAUCAAACAGCUGUAAAUAUUCUGCUGAUUUAAUCUAGUGAGGUUUAGAUAAAUUAUAACCCACCAAUCAUAUAUACAGUAGUUUUCAAAAAGUAACUGCUUUUGCUUCCUACAGAAACUGCUAAUGUGGUGGUAUUAUAAAAUGUUAGGCUCCAGAAAGAUUAACAUGGUUCAUAAAUUGUCCUGACUUAAAUCUCAAUCGACAUUUGAAUUUUCAGUAGGAGUUGAGAUCCUCACUGAUUUAUAUCCAUGUGACAUUUCCAAUCAAUUGUGUGAAAUAUAGUUUAGUCUGACAUUAAGAAUCCUGUUGAAGAUCUUUAGCCCCCCCCCCCACACACACACAUACCUUAAAUUUACAGGAAAUAUAAACCAACUUUAAGCCAAUGAGAAUUUUUGGCAAAGAUCAUUAUCAUUGCAACUCUCCUGAAACAUUCAUUGAAUUUAGCAACCUAAAGACCAAGAUAUGAAUUCUAAAACACCCAUAUUUUAAAACCACACAAAUGAAAUACAAAUUCCUUGUUUCCAGGCAGACGUUAUGCACAGUGCUAAGCCAUCAUUACACAGAUGAGCAAAAAGGUCUUGAAAUAAAGAGGUAGCUCACGUAGAGGUGAUCUGUUGUUAUCAAACUAAGAAAUAAAUUGGGAUUCUGUUUCUCUUAGCUUCUUGCUUGUUAUACAGGAACUAGAGAUUGUAGCUGAAAAGAAACACUAUAAUCUAGCAAAAAAAAUGAGGGUUUGCUGUGAUAUAUUUUAUUUAAUAAUAGAUUACAGGCUAUUUUAAACUACAAUUCUUGAUUGCACAUAAAGGCAAACCACCAGGUAUCUGCUAUUAAAAGAAAAUUGGGCUUGGUUUAUUCUUCCUUGUUGUGUAGGAAUGAUUCUCCCCAAGAUUCUUUUUACUAGUUAUGUAGUCCUCAACUUACAACCACAAUUGAGCCCAAAAUUUAUGUUGCUAAGUGAGACAUUUGUUAAGUGAGUUUUACCCCAUUUUAUGACUUUUCUUGUCACAGUUGCUAUGUGAGUCACUACAG